AUGUCAUGGGACUCUAUCGAGUCGCGCGACUUCCUCGGCGGGGUGCCGGCGCACCAACUGUCGGCAACGCGGCUACUCAGUUCGCCAGAUCCAUCGCGACACCAUCUGGAAGAUCAACCUGAAUUAUUCCCGUUCUCAGAGGAAUAUCCGAGCGAAGUUCGCAAUGGGGCCAUACGAUGGGGCUCUCGUUUCGGUCCAGCUCACAGGCCGUCGGCCGGCGUGCUGGAGUGCUUCCGGAUAUGCAGAUCACGCUUGGACCAGUAUCUUGCGAGGCGGAAGAUCGAACGUGGAGUACGCCUGUACGGCCAGAACGAACAACGUCUGGCUGUCAAGGUGUGGCUGUCAGCGCUCCGGGGCGUGCGACACCGCAGCGACAAGUUCGCCUUGCUCGGACAUCUGUACCAGGCUUACAUGGACUUUGGGAAAUAUAGGGAAUCUCUAGAAUUUGCCAAUCGCCAACUCGGUAUCUCUGAGGAGCUGGACUCGGCUCCGAUGCGAGCUGAAGCCUAUCUCAACUUGGCGCGCGCUCAUCAGACCUUGGGUGGACUUGACAGGGCUCUCUCAUACGCACGUCACGCCUUAUACAACGAUUGCGGCGGCGGCUCGACGGCCGGCUGCGUGCACCUCACCGUGGCGGCUGUCAGUCUCGAACUUGGCGCUUUUUCAAAGGCAAUGGACGGUUUUCAGAAGGCAUUGGCUGUGGCGCAGGGACAGAAUGAUAAUACGCUUCUGUUACAGGUCUGUCAGAGCUGUGGCGGCCGGCUGCGCGACACGGAGCGCGCGGUGGCGUGCGCGGCGCGCGCGUGCGACCUCGGCCGCGGCCCGCGCGCCGCCGACCUCAACACGAGGCACCACCGCACGGCGCUGUUGCAAAUGGCGGCCGCCUUGCGCGCGCGCGGGGAGCUGGGGGAUGCCCAUGAUUAUUGUAAUGAAGCGCUCCGACUUGCGGCGGUGGCAGGAGACCAAGGCUGUUACGCGCGCGCCAUGAGGAUAGCAGGGGACGUGUACAGAAGGAAAUGUGAUUAUGGAAAAGCUCUUAGGCAUUACGAAGUAGCAAUGGGCGCGGGACAGUCUCUGGGGGAUCGUUUAGCUCAAAUGGAGGCGAUGGAUGGAGCGGCUCGAUGUUUGGAAGCUCUACGGUUGCAGGGACGCAUCUGUAACUGUCGACCUUUAGAGUUUAACACUAGGUUGUUGGAAGUCGCCACGUCUGUUGGUUCUAAGAUGCUGGUGCGGCGCGUGCGGCUGCGCCUGUCCGACAUCUACACGGCGCUGGGCGACAACAGCGCGGCGGCGCGGCAGCGGCGCGCGGCCGGCGCGUGGGCCGCGCCCGCGUGCGCGCGCUGCCGCGAGCCGCUGGCCGAGCGCGCCGAGCCGCUCGCCUCGCUGCCGUGCGCGCACAUCGUGCACCACGCCUGCAUGCCGGAGUCGUGGUCGCGGCGCUCGACGCGGGGCGCGGGCGCGGGCGCGGGCGCGGAGUGCGCGGAGUGCGCGUCGCCGCGCGCGCCGCGCCAGCCGCCGCCCGCGCCGCCCGCGCCGCGCAGUCUGCCCUCGCAGGUUGACUUCCCCUUCGGAACACCACCAACUUUGCGCGAGUCUGACCUCAACUCAGUUCUGUCUGACCAUAGCAGCCAACAAGCGACGUCCAGCGUA